GCCGGCCGCCCGCAGGAGGAGGAGCCGUGGUCACCGCCACUCGGGCUGGCAGGUCGGCGGCGCCAAGUCAACCCACCGACGGCGCGGGCUGCCGAUCGGCGCGCGGGCGGCGCGGGCGGCGGGGACCAUGGAGCCCGGGGGUGACGCGGCGCGCCGGGGCCUGGGGCGGGCGGCCCGGGCGCUGCCCCCGCGGCUGCUGCUGCUGCUGCUGCCUCCGCUGCUGCUGGGUCGGGGGCUGCGUGGGGCGGCCGCGGCCUCCUCCUCUGGGGCGGCGGCCGAGGACAGCAGCGCCAUGGAGGAGCUGGACACGGAGCAGGAGGCGGAGGAGAGCCACCGGCAGGACAGCGUGAGCCUGCUCACCUUCAUCCUGCUGCUCACGCUCACCAUCCUCACCAUCUGGCUCUUCAAGCACCGCCGGGUGCGCUUCCUGCACGAGACCGGGCUGGCCAUGAUCUAUGGGCUCAUCGUCGGGGUGAUCCUGAGGUACGGCACCCCUGCCACCAGUGGCCAUAACAAGUCACUCAGCUGCACGCAGGAAGACAGGGCCUUCAGCACGUUAUUAGUCAACGUCAGCGGGAAGUUCUUUGAAUACACCCUGAAAGGAGAAAUCAGCCCUGGCAAGCUCAACAGUGUAGAGCAGAAUGACAUGCUGAGGAAGGUAACAUUUGACCCAGAGGUCUUUUUCAACAUUCUGCUGCCUCCAAUUAUUUUCCAUGCUGGAUACAGUUUGAAGAAGAGACACUUUUUCAGAAAUCUUGGGUCUAUUCUGGCCUAUGCCUUUUUGGGGACUGCUGUUUCCUGCUUCAUUAUCGGAAAUCUCAUGUAUGGUGUGGUGAAGCUCAUGAAGAUGGUGGGACAGCUUUCGGAUAAAUUUUACUACACGGACUGUCUCUUUUUUGGAGCAAUUAUCUCCGCCACUGACCCAGUGACUGUGCUGGCGAUAUUUAAUGAGUUACAUGCCGAUGUGGACCUCUAUGCACUUCUGUUUGGAGAAAGCGUCCUCAAUGAUGCCGUUGCCAUCGUGCUGUCCUCGUCUAUUGUUGCCUACCAGCCAGCGGGGCUGAAUACUCACGCCUUUGAUGCUGCUGCCUUUUUCAAGUCGGUUGGCAUUUUUCUAGGUAUAUUUAGUGGCUCUUUUACCAUGGGAGCUGUGACUGGCGUUGUGACCGCUCUAGUGACCAAGUUCACCAAGCUGCACUGCUUCCCCCUACUGGAGACAGCGCUCUUCUUCCUGAUGUCCUGGAGCACCUUCCUCCUGGCAGAGGCCUGCGGGUUCACAGGUGUUGUGGCUGUCCUUUUCUGUGGAAUCACACAAGCCCAUUACACCUACAACAACCUGUCGGUGGAAUCCAGAAGUCGGACGAAGCAGCUCUUUGAGGUGUUACACUUCUUGGCAGAGAAUUUCAUCUUCUCCUACAUGGGCCUGGCGCUGUUCACCUUCCAGAAGCACGUUUUCAGCCCCAUUUUCAUCAUUGGAGCUUUUGUUGCCAUCUUUCUGGGCAGAGCUGCACAUAUCUACCCACUCUCCUUCUUUCUCAACUUGGGCAGAAGACAUAAGAUUGGCUGGAAUUUUCAACACAUGAUGAUGUUCUCAGGCCUCAGGGGAGCAAUGGCAUUUGCACUGGCCAUCCGAGACACGGCAUCCUAUGCUCGCCAGAUGAUGUUCACGACCACCCUUCUCAUUGUCUUUUUCACCGUCUGGAUCGUUGGCGGAGGCACAACACCCAUGCUGUCCUGGCUUAAUAUAAGAGUUGGCGUCGAGGAGCCCUUUGAAGAGGACCAGAAUGAAAACCAUUGGCAGUACUUCAGAGUUGGUGUUGACCCAGAUCAAGACCCGCCUCCCAACAACGACAGCUUUCAAGUCUUACAAGGGGAUGGUCCAGAUUCUGCUGGAGGAAACCGGACAAAGCAGGAGAGUGCAUGGCUGUUCAGGCUGUGGUACAGCUUUGACCACAAUUACUUGAAGCCCAUCCUCACACACAGUGGCCCCCCAUUAACCACCACCCUCCCAACCUGGUGUGGCCUGCUCGCUCGAUGUCUGACCAGUCCCCAGGUGUAUGACAACCAAGAGCCACUGAGAGAGGAAGACUCUGAUUUCAUCCUGACUGAGGGUGACCUCACCUUAACCUACGGGGACAGCACAGUGACUGCCAACGGCUCCUCCGGCUCCCACACGGCCUCCAUGAGCCUGGAGGGCAGUCGGAAAACAAAGAGCAGCUCUGAGGAGGUGCUGGAACGAGACCUGGGAAUGGGAGACCAGAAGGUUUCCAGCCGGGGCACCCGCCUAGUGUUCCCCCUGGAGGAUAAUGCAUGACUUUCCCCCCAAACCGUGACACGAUGGGUAGACCCACCGGUGGUGUGGGGCAGGCUGCAUGCUCCCGUGUUGAUUGAGGUGGGACAGUGACUGAAUGGAACUAACGCUUCUAUCUUAUUGAGGUCUGAAGAUACCUUAACAUUUAAAAUUUAACCCAAGAUACAGAUGGUGGGGCUCAAGGCAAAUGCAGAUCUAUUCCCACUUUUUCACAUAGUAGUGCACUGUUCAGAGUUAAACAAAAACAAUCGCAUGCUUUACAGAUCUCUACUUCAUUCACCUGCGGUACCUGAACAAGGUGUGGUGGGUGCUGGGACCCCUCCCAGGAGAAGCUUCAUAUCCAUAAACAGCAGUGCGAGUCCAGCUGGAUGUAGGACUAUCAAGUGAAGGGAGAACAGGCUAGAAGAGAGAUUGUGAAGGAAGGCCAGUGAGAUUGGACCUCCAAGGAUGAGGGGAAGCUGGUGUCCAAUGGGACAGAAAGCAUGAAAAAGCAAUUUGAGUGGAGGCUCCAGCAACCAGGGCUGUGUGACAGCAACCUCAUCUCUGGACUCCUGACUUCUUUUGCUACCUGUAUUUUCUCCAGACUGAAGAUUGGAAAAUAUAUACAUCAACAUUUCAACAUGGGGGAAAGAAUUAUAAUUCCUUCUCUGGAAAUCUCCAUAAAGAAGAAGUUACUGGAAUGUUUCAAACCAAAGGCAAAAUAGUGUUAAAGUGUUGUGUUUUUGUUUUGUUUUGUUUCUGUUUUGUUUUCAUUAAUGUGAAGGCAGGAGAAACUGAUGAUUACAUCACUGUAAAUACGUCUAUUCUUGAUGGCUGCCAUAUGAGCUGACUGUCUGAAAAAUGAUGAACAAGACUGAGAUAUCUACUGUGGGUUUGGAAAUAACACCAAAAUGUAUGGAGUGCUUUGAUCUGGGGUUGAGAAGGCAGUAACAACCCUCAGAGGCAAUAUGCUAGUAUUCAUAGGGAAGAAAUCUCACUGUGAA